CUCGUUUCUCCCCCUCCACCGCGCGCCUCCCCCCCCCCCCCAACCGCUGCCGCCCUCUGAAACACGUCACUCAUAGUUCGGAUUGCCGUGAAAAAUCCUUCAGUGCAGCCUAGGUAGCCGAGGCGGAAGGAUCAGAGCGCAGCGUACGGGGAACCAGUUAGCGUCCGUGUGUGUGUGUGUGCACGCCAGACAAGCGAGUGCGGAGUUUCUUUCCCAGUUUUCUUCCGCGAGCGGGCACGUGCGCGGUCAGUGGGCGGCGACAUUUCUCCGGAGUUUCCCGCUAGCGCAACAUGGCGCCGGAUUAUCUCGAGUUUCCCGCUCGCAGAGAGGAGGGGGACUAUCUCUGCCAAGAAUGAGGAGGGGAGCUGCGCCUUAGUCGAGUGUCGAAAUCGCGGCGGCCGGCUGUUCUGUAUGAUCGCGCGGCGAAGCACUGCUCCGACAGCAUGGCCCAAGGGCUCGGCCGGGAAUCGGCGGAGCAGCCGAAGGUGAAGGACUUGCACGAGAAGAAAGCGGCCGGGAAGACACCCCCGCGCGACGGUCGGGUCGCGGGCUCGCGGAGAAUUUUCGCGCCGCAGUUCAAGCUGCAGGUGUUGGACUCGUACAGGCAGGACGCGGACUGCAGGGGCAACCAGAGGGCGACGGCCAGGAAGUACGGGAUCCACCGGCGCCAGAUUCAGAAGUGGCUGCAGGCCGAGGCGUCCCUGCGCACGUCGCUGGGCCCCGCGCCGGACGCGGCCUUGAACCUGAGCCCUGCGAGACAGCGCGACGACGACGCUCAGUUGGCCCGCCCGCCGCCAGAGCGCUCGGACGGCGAGCCCGAGAUCGACGUGGACGUGGACGGCGACGACGAGGACGACGACGACGACGCCGACAGCGACGACGGCGACGACGACAUCGACAUCAUGUCGGUGCAGGAGCCGGACCAGGCGCUCGACUUCACGAGCGCGGCGCUCAGCAAGCGGCGCUCCUUCUCGCUGCAGUUCAAGCUCGAGGUGCUGGACGCCUUCCACGCGGACCGCGCGUGCCACGGCAACCAGCGCGCGACGGCGCGCAAGUUCGGCAUCAACCGCAGGCAAGUGCAGAAGUGGCUGGGCCAGGAGGUGGAACUACGCGGCGAGGCCGCCUUCCGUGGCGGCAUGUACCGACAGCGCCUCGGCCGCUGGCUCGACAACGACGAGCCGGAGUCGACAGCCGCGAGUCAGCACUGCUGGGACCUCAGGAAGAGGAAGCUGGACUGCGAUCCCUGCGACAGUCUGGCCUGCGCGAAGAAGGCCCGUCUGGAGGAGCCGGAGCCCCUGAGGCCCGCGCACGAGGUCCGGGCCGACGUGUGCGUCAUCGGGGACAACUGCGCCUUCCCGCGCGUGCCGAGCGCCGACGUGCAGGAGACGGCGCUCUGCCUCAAGGUGGAACGCCGGGAGUCGAAGCCGGAGCCCGCGGAGCGCGCCGUGGUGUGCUCGGUGCCGGCGCUCUACCCGCCCGUGCCGCCGUACGUGGCCGCCCCCGCACCCGCCACCCACGCGCACGGGGGCUGCUGCUGUUACUCGGCGCGCAUGCUGGCCGUCUACCACGGCUUCGUCACGCACCCCGAUCACCUCUACCCCCUGGAUUUCAGAUCACCGCCUCCGCCACAUCCGCCGCCUCACAACAUUCACUUAUUCAGGUGGCUGGCGCGCCUCAGUUAAUUACGGUGAAUGUAUGGAAAGACGGCUCACCCCGUUGAUGUGUCGGCAGUGCGUCAGUGAAGUUUUCCCAGCUAAACGUCUAAAAUUCGAUGCAGUGCCAGAAUGGUCCUUACAGACAAGAAGAUGCAGCAGAGGAAAUAAGGAAGCGAUACAAAGAUACCUCUCUUGUUAUUUUCAUGGAGCAGCAGAAACUUUCCCAGCAGGAGAACAACUUUUUGUCUUUUGGUACAAGCCGACGGACAGCGGAACACAGUAAUUAUGGAAACCAUGCUGUUAUUGUCAAACAGCCUUUCAGUGCUGAUCAUAAAACACAGAUGUGUGCACUUCUAUGAAAUAAAAAUAGUACCAAAAAAACCAUCAGUGAAGAGAAAAGUCUACAAUAAACACCUUACAAUAACAAAACAUGGAGUAUAACAUGAAAAUUAAGCUACAGUAUUGCAAAAUGGACUUACAUUUCAACAAACAAACAUUUUUGUGAACACAUGGUCAUUAUUUGGUACAGAAUUAACCAAAUAAGGUGGUGCCAUCAUAAAGUAGGAGUGCAAUUACAAAUCUCCAUGUAGCCCUCUGGAUUUAGUAUUUCUGUGGUUUCUGUAAUGCGAUCCAAGCAAAUUUCAGUAUGAUUCCCUCUACAAGACCAUUACCUACUCGUUUCCUCCUGCAUCCUUGUCCUUAAUUUCAGUGGGGCACUGAACUAGAACUUUUUGUUGCAUGUAAAGUUAUACAUCACAUUAAAGAAAUGUGCUGCAA